AUCGAUGCUCGCUGCACCGAUGUUUUUUACAUCACUAGCAGCUUCAAAUAAAACGUACAGAUUAGCAUUUUAUUUUGUGUCCAUUUCAAAGGAAACUCAAAAGAUCCAAAUAAACAUGGAGUCGAAUAUUGCAGAUAAUGACGCUAUCGAUGUUGGCGUCUUGGCGCCUUGCGACCAGGAAAACGAAGACGCCAAUCUGAAUGUGAAAAUUGCAGCCGCUGUGGGCACUCCGGUGGCCAAGAAAACGCGCCGUGCGGUUCUCAAGCGAAAUAACGCCAUCUCGGAGAGGGAUUCGCCCACGCUGCAGGAUCCUCCGAAGACUCCAGGAACUCCUGGCAAUCUUCGUUUAACCACAACUGAAACCCCGCGACGCAGUUGCCGGAAAAGUGUGCGUCCUGCGAUCGACUACGAUGAUAUCAUAGUGAGAUCCGCCAAGAAGAUUAUAGCCGCCGCUCCAGCCGACGAUCCCGAGGACGAGGAGCCCUCCACUCACAAGUGGAGCGCCGCGGAGGUGGGCAAGAAUUCGCGCAAGCGCAGCCGCAAAUCCAAGCGGAUGACCUCCAAGAAGCAGAAAACGGAGAAGGCUCUUCCAGAGGAUAAGAUUGAGGAGCAGCAGGAAGCAGAAGAUGAUAGGCCACAGGAAAAAGUGGAGGAGACUCAGGAACAGGAGGAAACUACAGAGGUUCCAAGUGAUACUGUAGAAAAGGCAGCUGAAAAUCAAGAUAAGGAGUCAAAGCCAACAAAAUAUGCUGUUUCCGAAGCAGAUAUAGAUGAACUGGGCUUGUGCCCCCUGGAAAUUGAUAGCCAGGAGGAAGAUGAGAAGGAAAUACCAGCUGAAGAAGCCACAUCAACUGCUCCACAGGAUAAGGAUCAGGAUAAGACGCUUGUUCAGGAGGAAACUAAAGAAGAAGGUAUCCAAAAACCCGAGGAGGAAGAUAAACAAGCUGUUGAAACCGCGAAACCUGCUGGACAGAAUGAAGAAAGCACAAUAUCAGUAGUUACUGAUGAGCAAGCCAUUCUAGAGGAAGAAAUGCCCUCGCUACUUGUGGAAAACGAAGAUCUGGAUGAGCCGGAAAAGUCGCCACUUAACACCACAUACGAUGCCGAUGAGAAGACAGCUGCGGAUGCAAGUAUCAUCCUGAUUGUUACUCCCGACAAGCAGCCAGAUGUUAGCACUUCCGAUCUGGAUGCCAGUGUUAUUCUGGUAGAAUCUAGCGUUCCCAAGCCGAAAAUUCCGGAGGAGAAACCCCCAAUCAAAGUGGUGCUCACCACAGCCGAUGAUAAGAACCAAACACUGUUGAAUCUAGCCGAUGUAGCUUCGCCAAAGGGAUCAAAACCCUUGAAAUCUAAGGGCUUUCGAUUCCCGACACCCUAUAAAGCAAGGCCAAUGUUUAAUUUCACGGAUACAAUGGAGGCCUUUGAGGAAAACCACAAAAAUAAAUCGUUAAUUCAACCAGAAGAACCGAAAUACGAACGCAAACGUUCCAAGUCGGCCAGCGAUUGGAAUAAUACCAUGUCGCGAACUGUAACCUUUCAAAGUCCCAUUGAUAUUACCACUUGUGAGGAUAUUGACAAGCGCUGGAAGGGACUUCAGAAGAAUAAUGUUAAUCAUCGUCGCAGGCGAUCAAAGUCAUUGGAUGAGAGUCGCUGCAAAGUGAGCAGGAUUCCUAAGCCCAGUAGGGGAGUUAUACCUCUCAACAAAACCAUCACACCCAGCAAGGUGAAUAAACGCACCAAGAUGCCCAAUUUCGCGGCCAUGCAUGAAAAGCAGUUUGCCAAGAUGGAGAGUCUCCUAGAUCACGUGGAGCGCAAGGCGGAACGCGCCAAGGUGCUGACCAAUUCGGUGCAGAAGCAACUGCCUGGAUCGACGGCCAAGAAAGCAGCGCAGAGUUCCAUUUCUGUGGAGCAGCGCGAACGUCCAAAGGCGCUGAAGAAGAUCAACUUGACCGUCGAUCGAACGAUGGUCAUUGAGCAUUCCUCCGAUAAGCUCAACUCAUCGCGAUUGCCCUUGAAGACCACUGCUCCCGCCCUGAAUGUGGCUCCGAAGCCAGCCUUCAAUCUGUCCACCUCCACGGUGAAGACUUUCAACGCCACGUUCUCCAGCAGACCGGCAGAAUCGCAGGAUAACAAGUUGGCGGAGAGACGCCAGCGACGCAUCGAAAUGUUCAAGGGCAGGACAACCAAGGAGCAAAAGGAGAAGGGCGAGUUUAUCCGUGGAGUGCGCCUGAAUCGACGCUUCGAGCUCCAAAUGCAACAUCGUCGACACCUGGAGGAGGAUUAGUUUCUUAAGUUUUAUCGUUAAUACUUUAUUUACUCUUAUGCUAACCCUUAUAUAUAAUCGCUUAAACAUGUCAGUUUUGUCAAGGAUUCUUCAAAAAAGGAGGUUUCCUUUAUCAAAUAAAAUUUGUUUUCAUUUA